CGAGGGAAGAUCUUCGCAAUUCCUCGAUGACAUUCACCGCGACCCAUACCAACCGGUCAUAUUUAUCUAUUAUUGGGCGUAGACAUGGUGAUCUUCCUGUAAGCCAUUGAAAUGGAGGAUGACUACGACGAUAUACCGGAUGAAGAUCUGAUGCUGGCCUUCUGCCAAGUAGCAGAAAAGGGUCCCUCGGCUGUGUCAAUUCCUCCGGUUUCGAACAAUGCGGCGUUACGACACGAUCGAGAAACAGACUUGUCUGAUCUGCGCAGGUCUUAUUUGCCUGCGAAAUCCCUUUCGAACCGGUCAUCCGGACCUGCCUCGAUCCCACCGAAGAUUGGGCUGGGAAACUCUUUGAAAGAUGGCCCGAGUAAUGCCCAGACAGAUACGGCUGUUACUUCAUCUAUCAGGCCCAGCGCCUCAGUCAACCAGAUACGGCCAACCGUGUCAGCUGCACUACCCCUCCAGAGGCCAGUGAUUCAAUCCCAAGGGCUCCGGCAAACUACUCUAUGGGGCCAAACUCUCCGUGAGGAAGAUCAACUGCAGUCCCAGCCUACUAAUAGCAGGCCCUACCGAGCUGAUUUGCCUCUGGAAGUUCCCACUCAUCACGCCCUAAACACUGAUGCUCUGAAGACAUGGGUCUACCCAACAAACCUGGGCCCUAUCCGAGAGUACCAAUUCAGCAUCAUCAAAAACGGACUGUUCAAUAAUACCCUCGUGGCACUUCCGACAGGGCUGGGCAAGACCUUCAUUGCCGCAACCAUCAUGUUGAACUACUUCCGUUGGACAAAGUCUGCAAAGAUAAUUUUCGUUGCACCCACGAAACCUCUCGUCGCCCAACAAGUCGAUGCCUGUCUGAAUGUCGCGGGAAUCCCACGGUCGCAAGCUACUCGUCUGGACGGUGACGUCGCCCCCGUGGUCCGAGAAGGAGAGUGGGAAAGGAAGAGGCUCUUCUUCAUGACACCCCAGACCCUGAUGAAUGACUUAUCCAAGGGGUACGCGGACCCGAAAUCCAUCGUCCUCCUCGUCGUCGACGAAGCACAUCGGUCAACUGGCGAAUAUGCCUAUGUCAAAGUUGUUGAGUUCCUCAGGCGCUUUUCCAAAAGCUUCAGAGUGCUAGCUCUCACCGCCACGCCCGGGUCUACAGUUCAAGCUGUCCAAGGUGUCGUCGACAACCUGGGAAUAUCCCAUGUUGAGAUUCGCACUGAGGAAUCCCUUGACAUCCGGCAAUAUGUACAUUCACGGAACAUCGACACUGUGGUCCUGGACCCGUCCGACGAGGUCAUGCGCAUUCGGGAGCUGUUCUCCAAGGCUUUAAAGCCAUUGGUUGACAAGCUUAGUUCGCAAAACAUUUACUGGGGGCGGGAUCCUAUGAGCCUGACAACUUACGGUCUGCUCAAAGCGCGCACAGAGUGGAUGUCCGGACCUGGGCAGGGGGUACCCCAGGGAACGAAGUUUAUGAUGUUUUCAGUCUUCUCAAUCCUGCAGAGUCUCGCACAUUCAAUCAAGCUGCUGAACUUCCACGGUAUCAUACCGUUCUACAAUAGCCUCGUCGACUUCCGGAGUGGCACGGAAGAGAAAGGAGAGAACGGUUCCAAGUACAAGCGCCAAGUCACCAAUGACCCGGGUUUCCAGGAGAUGAUGGACAUGAUUGAGAAAUGGAAGAGGCUAGACGGCUUUGUCGGUCAUCCCAAGAUAAGUUAUCUCUGCGACACCCUCCUCAAUCACUUCAUGGAUUCCGGGGAAGGGUCGAGCACGAGGGCCAUUGUCUUUAGCGAAUACAGAGACAGCGCCGAGGAGAUUGUGCGUGUACUGAACACCCACAGGCCACUCGUCAAGGCUACCGUUUUUGUUGGCCAAGCAGAUUCCAAGCGAACCGAGGGUAUGAAGCAAAAGCAGCAAAUCGAAACAAUCGAGAAAUUCAAGGCGGGCGCCUUCAACGUGCUCGUUGCAACAUCGAUUGGCGAGGAGGGUCUUGAUAUCGGCCAGGUCGAUCUCAUUGUCUGCUAUGAUGCUUCGGCGUCUCCCAUCCGCAUGCUCCAGCGUAUGGGGCGGACAGGGCGGAAGCGAGCCGGGAAUAUUGUCCUCCUCCUCAUGAGGGGCAAGGAAGAAGACCAAUUUGCAAAAGCCAAGGACAACUAUGAGCACAUACAGAAGCUCAUCUGUGAUGGCAGCCACUUCGAGCUCCGUCAUGACCUGUCUGCAAGGAUCGUACCGCGAGAUAUCCGGCCCGAGGUCAACAAAUGCCAUGUCGAGAUCCCUCUCGAGAAUAGUCAGAAUAAAGAUCUUCUAGAUCCUAAGAAGACAGCGGCUGCGUUGAGGAAGAAGCCGGCGAAGAAGAAGUUCAAUAUGCCAGACGGCGUUGAGACGGGCUUUAUGAAAGCUUCGGUCCUCGGUCGGCCUACCGGACAUUCUGCCAAGGUACAGCCCAACCGGCCCCUCGAGACCGACUUCCUGGCGGAGAAACCCAGCCUCAGCAGCGUUCUUCUCAACGACAAGCAGACCGACCAACUCAACAGGCUUUACCGAGACCUCCCGUUUCAGCAGUCCAACCUGGAAGAGAUCACAGGGCCAAAUCUCGGGGCAUACCCGGUCGCGCAGCGGACCCUCCGAACUACUGUGAAGCUGAAGCACGGCGAAUACACGAAGAGAUGCGUCAAGCUUUUGGCAGGGCUGUGUCGAGCGAACAACUCGACGAAAUCAUACCGCGACCACGGUAGAGAUAAUUGGAACAAGUUGCCCGUUAUACCCUUUGCCAACGACACCGACGAUGACUCUCAGGGCAACCUAAGCUUUGGUUCUACACGGAAGAGGCAGAGGCCACACGCAUUGUCCGAUGAUGCGGCCUCGGAUCUACAAGGGCCGAACAAGCGUAGGGGGCCCGCCCCUGCCAAGAGAGUAACAACACAACCGAGGCGGCGAGAGCCCGUAUUCCUAGACGACGAAGAAGACGAGGAAGAAGCGGAAGAAGGGGUAGAUGGGGAUGGGGAUGAAGCCGACGAAGCCGACGAAGACGGAGGAACGCCACCGGCACCAGCUCGAGGCGGCUCUCGGGGACGGCCCCGGCCCAAACCUUCGGCGGGCGCCAAAUGUAAGAAACGGCCACGUGCUAGGAACCGACUCAAAAGAACGGGUGAUCAUAUCGAGGACCUGGGGGACGACUGCGAACGCACGAGCGACAUACAAGAAACAGACGGCUCUGACAGCGGCGGCGACCUGGUUGACUUCAUCGUCGGGGACGACGAAGUGACGUCCAGCAUGAUGAGAAGCCAUGUGUCAACAUCGCCAACGACCUGCUCACCUCCGCCUAUGCCUCUGUCUAGAAGUAUGGGGGCCAAACCGCACGGGUCCGACGGUGCAAGCUUCGAAAAAGCAAAGCCUUCUUUCGAGAUGAUCAGUCUCACCCAGACACAGGAUAGCGACGAGGACAUGCCGGAUCUCACUACGCUAAUGGCGAAGGGCCCAAUAGCCAAGGAGAAGAAAAGGCAGUCUCUUAUGAUUGGCUUGGAUGAAGAUGACGAUGAAGAUGUACAAGAUUCCGUGGCUGGUGGACGGAAAACUGUAUUCAACAAGAGACGACGCGUUUUUGUAGAGGACAGUGACGACGAUGAAUAAAUACGCGAUGCGAUGACUUGAUGAUUGGCUCUCACUUGCUGUGUCUGUCUCGGUCUUCUUAGCUUUUCUUUUCCUCUUUCUUUUUCCUCCCUUCAUCCCUCCCUCUCCCCGGCUUAGCACCUAACCGUAUGGUUCUCGUUCCAUCGAUGCUCACACUGGCCGGAUUACAUACAAACCGCAUGUGUUGCUUCCUACUGUUUUUGAUACCCCUUCCUCAUUAGUACUACGAAAUAGAGAAGCACGUACUAACCAAAGUCGACUGAGUAUAUAGGGGGAGCGACCCCAAUGCAAGCG